AUGGCCGCGCACAGCCUCCCAGCGCUCGGGCCCCGACUGGGGGACGCACACCGUGCCCAGGGUAGGCCCGGCAAGCGGUGCAGCCCCGAACCGCGUCAAGCUGGCGGCGCGUUUCGCGGCUGCAGGGGCGAGAUUGGCGGCAGAUGGGCUGUCAUUGUGGCGCCCAGCUCGCUGCGGAAACGCUCUCGAAACGAGCGAUGCCAGGCAUCUGAGGCGGAUCUGACCUCCCUAUCCGAAACUCCUCGGAGGGAGCUUGAUGGCACCACAUUGAGGGUUACAAUCUCCACUGAAGAUGCUCAACAGGCACUUCAAUGGGAUUUGCUGCAGGAAAGGACUGGCCAAAUUGUUGUGGUGUCUGCCGUGGCGCCAGGGAGCCAAGCGCAACAGGUUGGCAUAGCCGUGGGCUACAGGCUGUGUUCGAUAUCCGACCCUGUGCGUCCGGAUGAGAUGUGGCCACUCAAUGACAGGGCGAGCGUCCGAUUUGUGAGGGACUCCAUCAAGUUCAGGCGGCCAGGCACAAUCAAUCUUGAGUUUGAGUUGCCAGCGGGGGCGGUGUCUGAGGCCGACACCACGACUGUUGGCGACCGGCUGGCACAAAAAUAUGAAAGGGAUGAAGACAAGCGGAAGGCAUUGUCAGAUGUGCAGAAGAGGAUCCGAAGGCGAAAAGAUUACAUGGAGGAGGUUGGCCAGCGUGACGACAGUGCAUUCUUCACAGGUGCGAUUGCCUCUGUUGUCGUACCCCCACUCCUCAUUUUGCUGGUGGCGUACUUCACGGGCUACCUUGAUGUCUUGUACAUGGGGGUCACGAGGAGGUGA